AUGCCUGUGUCUUGGGUUACGGAAGAUAACUCUGUGUACGAGACGUCGCUCAGCGGCCUGACCCUGAUGGCCUCGAGCUCCAUUAUCUCGCCGUUCCCUGACCUGACAUCGCUCUCGAUUCUGCUUUCGAUUGCGCAGAUUAUCAACAUUAAGCCCCAUGCUCCGGUGAAGGCGGCAAACGACAUUUCGUCGAACGCGUACGCGAGCUUCUUAUUUGCGAUCGCGAUUGCCAUCUUUAUUGCGCUGCGCAAGCUCAUCCAAUGCACAGCGCAAGACCAGUCGUACCUCCUUGCGUACCGCUCGCUUCUCGGUGCGCAGGUGGCUAGCGUCGCUGCGACCCCGACCUACCUUCUCCAGGCGAUUCGCAAGGGUCGUUUCUCGCUCGGUGGCCUUGCUCGCUACAAGUAUACCCGCCGCGAUGACUUCCACCUCAUUGGUGGUGUUGUUGUGCGCCGCGUGGGUCUUGUCAACGGCCUGCUGGGUGGUGCUGGUCUCGGUGGUGCGGUCGGUGUGCUUUCCUACUACGGCAAGGACUGGGUGGAAGAGCAGAAGCCCAUUCUGCCCGCCACUGGCGACAAGCCCAUCCCUAAGGAGGAUGUGCCGAAGUAA